AGUGCGCGCCGCUGCAGCUCUAGCGGGAAUUCGACUGUUUAGAAAUGCGUUUUCAUUUUUAUGCCCCAAUUUUCGGUAAAAGUUGAUGAAUAAACAGGUUAGUAAACGGGGAAUGAAACAAGAUAGCUUUAAAACGACAACAAACCGUAGAUUAUCGCUGGAACCGUGUUUUUUUGGAUGUAAACACUUGUGACAAUCUAGAUCUACCAUGACCCAGAGGAAAAGACUGUCUAACACGCAGGGCGCCUCUCAAAGAAAGAGACGCUCUGAUCCGUUGGAGGAAGAUGACAGCGACUUGACUUUCACACAGCCAAGCACAUCCCAGGUCCAACGAGGGCUGGACAAGUUCACCGGUUCACAAAUGGACCAGAAGGCAGCGGAGGUGAUCCAGUAUAUUUUGGUGAAGGACCAAAAGAAGAUUCCAGUUCGCAGAGCAGACCUGGUGAAACAUGUGCUCAAAGACUACAGAUACAUUUACCCUGAGAUCAUGAAGCGAGUGCUGCAGACGUUUGAUCAGGUAUUUGGUCUGAAGCUGGUCGAGAUCGACACCAAAAACCACCUGUACAUCCUGAUCAACAAACUGGAGCCACAGGAAGGAGCAGCGCCGGCCCAAGGCCCCCCCAAUCCAAAGAUGGGUCUCCUUUUUGUCAUUUUGAGUUUGAUUUUUAUGAAACGUGGAGCUGUCAAAGAAAGUGUCAUUUGGAGCACGUUGAAGAAGCUCCGUGUGGAUCCUGGAGAAAGACAUGAACAGUUUGGUGACGUGAAGAAGCUGGUCACAGAUGAGUUUGUGCGUCAGAGGUAUCUGGAGUGUGUGCGCAUCCCUCACACAGAGCCGGUGGAGUUUGAGUUCCACUGGGGCCAACGUGCUGAGCUGGAGGUGUCAAAAGCAAAGAUCCUGGACUUUAUGGGAGAGCUUCACAAUCAAGACCCCCAGACAUGGAGCCAACAGUACAAAGAGGCCCACGCCCCUCCCCCUGCUGCCCCCAGCACCUCGCAACCGAACCACAGCCAGAGAUGAGCUCCAAUAACACAGAAAAUUUUAUAUUUUUACUGUUUGUGGAUUCAGAGUGUAGUUCCACUUUGCUGAGACAUUUUUCACUACUAAACUGUGUAUCUGGUGUUUUAAUAGCGAUAUAUAUAGUCCCUAGAUAUUUUUUUUGUCCAAACUAGGUACAUUUGCUGCCUAAAUCUAAGUUUGUGUGGCCUCCAGUGGCCUCUACAAUUUCAAGUAUUAUGUGACAUCACAAAAGACUGCCCUGAUUACAGCCAGUUGUUUUUGAUUACAAACACCUUUAGUCUGGAGGACUAAAGGGGAGAGUGAGUGAGGAACAGUGUGAUUGGUCUAACAGAUAUCCACACUUCAAACUCCGCCCCUGCAGGUGUUUGUAAUCAGGGCAGUCCUGUGUAAUGUCACCAAGCACUGGAAACUGCAAGGGAGGCAGCAUAAACUGUGUUUUUGAUCAGAAAGCUGCAAAUUGAAAUAGUUUGUGCCAAAAUUGCUUAAAAAAUGACCAGGACAGUAGAUAAUGCUAUUAAAACAUCAUAUACACAGUGUAGUAGUGAAAAAGUGGAUUUAGUGUUUAGUCCCACUUUAAGCCACAGUAUUUCAUUUAAAGGUUCUAUAUUAAACUAAAUUACAAUGAGUUUUUAACCAAGUUAUAAUGUUUCACAAUCAAAUACAUACCUGGAGUUGUAUUUUUAUUGUUUAAUUCAUUCACACACUACAAUUCACCAAUUUCACCAAGGCCACUGCUUUUAACUUGUUUCAAGUUGCUCCACCCCUCAAUGUAACAGCAUGUGGAGGCCUUGCGCCCCCUGCUGGUGUUUGUAAGUUCACUGUGUGGUCUUUUCCAUAUGCUUGCCAUUUGAUGUUAUACAGUGAAAACACCAAGGCUGCUAAGACAUCCAACUUGAUACUUUGCAGUGACAUCACACUGGAGGUGUUCUACACAUAUGUGUAUGGCAGAAUGUUCAGCCACAGUGACACGAUGCACACAUUAGCAAACACUGACAAAAAGUUUUAACAUAAAGUCUGAACAGUCAAGAAAAAAUGGCGAAUUUAUUUGCACAUUUUCAGGAGCCUUUGAUCAAUCUGAGCGAAAGUGACAAACUGAAAAACUGUUUGCUAAUGCUAGCUAGGUUAUGACUGUAAUGUUAUUUGGGAGGGUCUUGUUUAACAGUAAACUUUAUCUCACAUGUAUUUCCAGUUUAGUCAGACUUUAAUUUGAGCUUUGUUUUAACACAAUCUGACCAGAAAGAACUGACAGAGCAGUGCAUUCAGUUAGCAUCACACCCCCAGGGAAUGUUUAUAUCAGCUGCAAAGUAUCAACUGGUGCAUAAUAAAGGGCCUUUUAAUACAGUUUUGUUUUACAGUUAAAGUUCAGUUAUUUCAGUAUUUUGUUCAUACUUGAAUAAAUCACAGACACACAAACAUACACACUCAAUCAUACAGGUACACACAAACACUUUGUUGUCACCUUUAUUUUAUUGCACUUUUAUGAAAUUAAAUAUUGUGUAAAACAUUAA